AUCUGGAAGCUGUUUAGCUUUAUUUCCAAGUAUCCGCCUCCAAUCAGAUGUUUGCUUUAGAGAGUCGACUGAUAAAAGUCUGCUUCUCUUACAGCUGUCAGUUUUUCAUGAAAUUUUUCUUUGGCAGCCUGCAAAUUAUGGAAGACUAUGAAGCUAUCUUACUGGUCAAGCAGGAAGUUUUUGUUUUUAAAAUACCUCCACGUACAUCAAAUCGAGGAUACAGAGCUGCAGACUGGAAUCUAUCUACUCCAGACUGGACAGGUCGGAUGCGUCUAUUAGCUAAAGGUACCGAAUGCAUUCUGAAGUUGGAGGAUAAAGUUAGUGGAGAGUUGUUCGCCAAAUGUCCUGUGGAUACAUACCCCGGAAUCGCUAUCGAAGCAGUUAGCGACUCUUCCAGAUAUUUCGUUGUUCGCAUCCAAGAUGAUUCGGGACGUGCUGCUUUUAUUGGAGUGGGAUUUGCUGAUCGAUCAGACAGCUUCGACUUGAACGUGGCUCUUCAAGAUCACUUUAAGUGGGUAAAACAAAGCCAAGAAAUCGAGAAGGAAGGUGCAACAGAAGAGGCUGCAAAACCUCGAUUAGAUCUCAGUUUCAAAGCCGGAGAAACCAUCAAAAUCAAUAUGAAAAUUGGGAAAAAAGACGGAGAUGGUGCUUCCAAGCCUAAAACCAAAACCUUGGGAGGGUUGCCUCCUCCGCCGGGUGCAAUACGCUUAGCCCCACCAGGAGGAGUAAAAUUUAAUGUUGAUGGUGCUGACGGAGGAUUUAAACAACAGCCAGAACCACUGCAGCAAGAAAUUUGGGGCGAUUUCACAAGUGCUGGACCCAGUUCUACCACCGCUGCCCCAAAACCACCCGUGAGUUCCAAUUGGGUCCAGUUCUGAUUUGUUUCAGGACCAUUGCAAAAUUGAUCUUGGACCCGUGAAACGAAUCUGAUUAAUAGAUGGCCGAGGGCCGUUUAUGGGGAAAAUUUUUGUUCUCUCACAUUCCUCCCUAUUGUUGAAUUACGCUGAAUCUUGAAUGUUAAUUCAAUCUAUUAUCAAAUACUUACCAUAACUCUCUACGAAUAGGUUCGUGUUGUUGUAUGAUUACUGAUUGGGUAUUAUCGUAGUGCAUGUCUGUUUUGCUACAGUCUGUUUUCUCAUACAACGGAUACUUUAAA